AUGAAGUUUGCCUAUCAAUUCCACCAUUUAUGUGGUAGUGUUUACUCACAGGGCAAUGUAAUCUUCACACCUGAUGGUAAUUCGGUACUUAGUCCUGUUGGUAAUCGUAUCACCCAAUUUGAUCUCAUCAACAAUACAUCACGAACUUUUGCCUUUGAAGCGCGCAAGAAUAUUGAAAAUGUGGCUGUAUCGCAUGAUUCACGAUUGCUACUUGCUGUGGAUGAGGAUGGUCGCUGUUUGUUGGUCAACUUGAAACGAGGUGUUGUGCUCUAUCGCUUUCACUUUAAACAGCCUGUAAGGGCAUUGAGUUUUAGUCCAGAUGAUUGCUAUAUUGCCGUUGCAAUUGGUAGUAAAGUUCAGUUAUGGCGUACACCGGGACUUGUGCGUGAGUUUGCGCCUUUUGUACUGCAUCGCACAUACACUGGUCAUUAUGCCGAUGUAGUGAGUGUGUCAUGGUCGCACGAUGCCAUGUUCUUUGUUACGGGAGCUGAGGACCUGUCAGCACGAGUGUUUUCGGUGAACCCGUAUUCGGAAUUUAAGCCUUUGACGCUGUCUGGACAUCGCGAUGUAGUUGUGGGUGCGUUCUUUGCGGAAAAUGACCGAUCGAUUUUUACAGUUGGACGAGAUGGAGGUGCGUUCGAAUGGAAAUAUAAACUUCCUGAUGUCGAAAUGCUUGAACGGGUUUCUGGCGAGAGCGAGACUGAGGACAGCGAAAUCGAGAGUGAAGAGGGAACGUCGGGUAAAGGAAGUGAAAGUGGCGACAACGAAAAGAGCGCAAGUACUGAUAAUGCGACGGACAAGAAGCGGAAACGUAAAUUGCUGGUGGAGCAGGAGGAAGCAAUUCCAGAUAUUGCACGUGCCAUCAAAUGGUAUACCUGCCAGAAACACGUGCUCAAGAUGGACUUUGCCAAGGUGCUAUGUUGCACUUACCAUUCCUCGACUGGCAUGCUAGUGGUGGGCUUUGGUAAUGGAACGUUCGGUUUGUACGAACUACCUGCAUUUGUAAACAUUCACACACUGAGUGUCACGCAGAAUCAACUGGAUACGGUGGCGGUGAAUGCUACCGGUGAGUGGCUGGCUUUUGCAUCACGCAAGCUUGGCCAGUUGCUGGUGUGGGAAUGGCGUUCGGAGACGUAUGUACUGAAGCAACAGGGACAUUAUUUUGACCUUAAUGCGGCUAGCUAUUCGCCCGAUGGGCAGCUGCUGGCAUCAGGUGCUGACGAUGCUAAACUGAAGCUUUGGGACACAAAUAGCGGUUUUUGCUACGUUACUUUCACGGAGCACUCCGCGCCAGUUACAGCAGUGCAGUUUGCUCCCUCCGGGCAAGCCGUUGUCAGUGCGUCGCUGGAUGGUACUGUUCGUGCAUUUGACUUGAAUCGGUAUAAGAACUUCCGCGUUCUCACAACAGCAGAGCCCACACAAUUUUUGUCACUUGCGCUUGAUCCGAGUGGACAGGUGGUGUGUGCCGGGUCAAUGGACCCGUUCAACGUGUAUGUCUGGUCGUUGCAGACUGGACGUCUUACGGAUGUUCUCAGUGGUCACAGUGGGCCCGUGACGUCGUUAUCAUUUUCACCUUCGUCCUCUGCUGAGCCUAUUCUAGCUUCGGCUUCGUGGGACCACACAGUGCGUCUUUGGAACUUGUUUGCUAGCAAGAAGAGCUACAUUGAGCCUCUCGCUCACCCGACGGACGUGUUGGCUGUAACGUUCCGUCCGGAUGGCAAGCAGCUUGCUUCCACGACGCUGAACGGAGCGAUUAACAUCUGGAACGCAAGUGAUGGCGAACAAGUUGGCACGAUUGACGGGAUGCGCGACAUUGCAGGCGGUCGUAAGGACAGUGACCACAUCACGGCGGCGAACAACCAGCUCACGAAGCAUUUUACGAGCGUUUGCUACUCGGCUGACGGAUCACUUCUUCUCGCCGGUGGCCGCUCUAAGUUUGUGUGUAUAUACGCCGCGGAGCCGCGGAUUUUGCUUAAAAAGUUUCAGAUCUCGCACAAUUUAUCACUAGACGGCAUCUUGGAAAAGCUUAACAACAAGAACAUUACUGAGAGCGGUCUGAGCAAGAAUGAGCUAGACGCUCAUCUGGACGAUUCGGAGGCUUCAGGUCGCAACGGUGGUGCUGACCUUGUAGGCGCUAAGCGCGCAGUUGAUCCGGGAAGCCGCCGUAAGAAUAUGGAGGUGCUGUCGAAGGCUGUGCUUUUCUCCCCCACCGGUCGUGCUUGGGCUGCCGCAACUACAGAAGGCCUGCUUAUCUAUGGUUUAGACGAGAGUCUGGCCUUUGACCCGUUUGAGCUGGAUGAGGACAUUACUCCCGAAACCAUCACACAGACGCUCGGACGCCGCGAAUACGCUCGCGCCUUGGUGAUGGCGUUGCACUUAAACGAGGAGCCGCUUAUCACUCGAUGUGUAGAGGGUAUUCCACUUGCUAGUAUUCCGCUUGUGGCACAAACGCUGCGUGGCGAGAUGUACCUGCAACGGUUGCUGCAGCUGCUUGCGAAGCGUAUGGAACGCAGCCCAAACCUUGAGUUUUACCUUCAGUGGAGUCUAGCUGUACUGAACACGCAUGGUCAAACUCUGCGCGACGAUCCAUCCAGUAGCGCUACGUGUCUGCCUACCUUGCGUUCAUUGCAAAAGAGUAUUGCGCGCCACUUGCAGGACCUUGCCCAGAUCUGCGAUGAUAAUCAGUUUACACUCAGCUAUCUUAAAAACCUCAGCAAGAUGCAGCAAACGCGAUAG